AUGCUCUUGAGAUAUAAUGUGAUGUCUGAUAAACAUGCAACCGGUUUCCCUCUGUCAGUGAUGCAGCCUAGAAAUUCUACCUGUUGUUCACACUCACUUGUUGGUUUUAGAGAAGACAAGCUACUGUUUCCAGUUGGAAUUGUCCUUUCUCUUAUAGUGCUGUUCAUAUCUACAUUCAAACACAAAAUGCAGGCCUCACACGUUAUCCUUGUCGUAGUGGCAGCACUAUGCCUAGUGGUUGUAAACGAAGCUUAUACUAUUCCCCAAAUGCCAGAUGGUUAUAUGCAAUAUGUUCCCGCUGAGUACAGAGCAUAUGUUAAGGCCUAUAUGGAUCAGUUCGGAGCAGGUGCAGGUGCAGGAGCAGGAGCUGGAGCUGGAGGAAUCCCCGACAUAGGUGUUUCUGGGGUUGCCGCUGCAAGAUAAAGUCUUGGUGCCAGAAGUGUUAGCUUUUGAUAAAUAGAGUUACAAGAACCUGAUCAACCUGAUUUAGAAAAUAGAAUUAGUUUCUAAAAUUUCAAAUACCAGCUUGUAAAAUUGAUAUAAUGAUACACAUUCGGUUGUUUGUGUGCCAUCAUAGCUUUUAGAACAAAGCCAACAAAAUAGUAAUAAAGUUUUUUUGUACCUCUUUUACAAUCUGUUUUGUUUUGAUUCGUUCAUCACCCAACUACAGUCGCAAUAGUCAAAAUUAAUAUACAGUUGUUGCUAGUC